AUGGGCAUUCCGUCCAUGCCAAACAACAUGACCGGUUCGUCUCAGCAGAUUCCCUCAGGGCUGCCCAUGGCUGCACAUCCAAUGAGGAGCGAGCUCGUUCCCGUUGGUAUGCCUGUGUCCGGCAUUAACCCGAAUAUGCAAGGUGGCGCCAUGCCCGUCAGCCUGAGCGGAUCGAUGGCUGGACCUGUGCUGAGCCCCGGAUCUCUCGCAUCUAACUUUACUUCCAGCGCGAUGGGCAUGCCUGGCAGUCAUGCUCUUGCAGGGCCUGGCCAGAGUCUCGGCCAAGUCACCAGCGGUGCCUCUGCGUACCCUCAGCCACCUUCCUUUAAUCGAUCACGAACGACCGGCAGCUUCGAGUAUCAUCUCCAACACCAGAGCCACCCGCAGACCCUACACCCGCAUGCGCAGAUGGAGGCGCAGCGUCACCGUGGAUCGUUCGACGCCCAGUCGUACGGUCGGCAGCAGGAGGAACCUCGCUACGACUACGACCACCGCCGCGCCUCGUUUGACCAGGGCCACGCCCGCGCAUUUGAUCGCCCUUCGUUCGACCAAGGUCACCGCGUUGGUGGCUUCGACUCCCAGUAUGAGAUGGCGAUGAACGCUGGGGCUCUCAGGCGACGCGGCAGUCAGCCGUAUCCGAGCCCGCAUUCCAUCAGCCAAUCGCCUCACGCAAUGGCGCACCCGCACCACGCUCAGCAGUCCGUGACUCAGUCGCCGCGCAGCAUAUAUUCGGCGCAGGACGCGACCGGCGGCCUGCAGUACCCCGAAGAGGAGUACGAGAGCCGGGACUACCACGACCGACAGCAGCAGGCGCACGGUCACGUACCGCAGAGCCCAGCUGAGGAGCGGUACGCCGCCAGCGAGGGCGAGUACUACGUUGACCGGACACCGUACCACCAGCAGCGAGGCUGGGACCUCCCGCCCCCUGCGCAACCUCACCCGCAACACUCGCAGGCGCACCUCGUCGGACCCGGGUACGCCCAACCAGAGGACACACCGCCAAGUGCGGAGAACAUCGUCGAGCCCGACGUCGGCGGCGACGACGAACCGCUCCUCACCAGCCAAGGACACGUCUCGCUUGGCAGCAACAGGCUCCCGCCGAACAGCACACUCCUGACGCCGCUGCCCGGCUUUCCUCGCUACGACCAGGCGCAGGAGGAGCAGUGGGAGAGCGAAGAUGAAAGGAGUGGCCGCCGAAGAGCGAUAUAG